UUCGAAACAUCGAUGUAUCUUUAGAAUUCCUAAAAGUUCGUUUGGAGAAUUCUUCGCCACGUUGUGAUUUAAUUGUGACAACAGAAAACCACAAUGGUUUUGGAUUUGGAUUUGUUUCGCAGCGAUAAGGGCGGAAACCCAGAUGUCAUUAGAGAAAAUCAGAAAAAACGUUUUAAGGACUUGGCUCUUGUGGAGGCAGUCAUCCAACAAGAUGCCGAAUGGCGUCAUCGACGACACCGUGCAGACAAUUUAAACAAAAUAAAAAACCUAUGCAGCAAAGAGAUUGGUGAAAAAAUGAAGAAAAAAGAACCACAAGGAAAUGAAGCAGAAGAAGUUCCUGAUACUAUUUUAAAAAAUUUGAUUGAGCUCACUUCUGAAUCAUUGUGUCCCUUGUCGGUAAAUCAAAUAAAAAAGGUUCGGAUUCUACUUGAUACAGCAAUGACGGAUAAUGAGCAAUGUCUUCAGAAAGCAGAACAGUUGCGCAAUAAUGCUUUGCGUGAGGUCGGUAAUCAUUUACAUGAGUCAGUGCCGGUUUCUAAUGAUGAAAAUGAAAAUCGAGUAGAGCGCACGUUUGGUGAUUGCCAACAUCGUGGAAAAUAUUCGCAUGUAGAUCUAAUUGUAAUGAUAGAUGGCAUGAACGCGGAAAAGGGUGCAGCAGUGUCUGGUGGUCGUGGAUAUUUCUUAACUGGCCCAGCAGUUUUCCUUGAGCAAGCGCUGAUUCAACAUUCACUGCAUAUGUUGAGCAAUCGUGGUUAUACGCCACUGUAUACCCCUUUCUUUAUGCGUAAAGAUGUGAUGCAGGAGGUAGCACAACUUUCUCAAUUCGAUGAGGAACUAUACAAGGUGGUAGGAAAAGGUAGCGAACGUAGCGAUGAAACGGGGGUCGAUGAAAAAUACCUUAUCGCGACUUCCGAACAACCAAUAGCUGCAUACCAUCGUGAUGAGUGGUUGCCGGAAUCUUCACUGCCAAUAAAAUAUGCCGGUUUGUCCACUUGUUUUCGUCAAGAGGUUGGUUCCCAUGGACGCGAUACGCGUGGAAUUUUCCGGGUUCAUCAGUUUGAAAAAGUAGAACAGUUCGUACUCACUUCUCCAUACGACAAUAAAUCUUGGGAGAUGAUGGAUGAAAUGAUUGACAAUGCAGAGAAGUUCUGUCAAUCACUAGAUAUACCAUAUCGUAUUGUAAACAUUGUAUCUGGAGCACUUAAUAAUGCCGCUUCUAAGAAACUGGACUUAGAAGCGUGGUUUGGCGGCAGCUGUGCAUUCCGAGAACUUGUUUCCUGUUCGAAUUGUUUAGAUUAUCAAGCCCGAAGAUUGCUCGUGCGCUACGGCCAAACGAAAAAAAUGAACUCGGCUGUCGAUUAUGUUCAUAUGUUAAACGCUACAAUGUGCGCAACUACACGAGUUAUUUGUGCUAUUCUGGAGAACCAUCAAAGUGAGACUGGUGUGCGAGUGCCAGAACCGUUGAAAAAAUAUAUGCCAGAAAAAUAUAAAAAUGAAAUUCCAUUUGUUAAGGCUGCACCUAUUGAUGUUGAGGCAGCCGCAGCAAUUGGCAGGAAAGUUAAAGGCAAGAAGGACCCUGCUGCUUAGAAACUACAUACAAACCAAUAGUUGUAUGCCUAGCAUUUAUUGUUGUGGCCACAUUUUAAGAAUGUAAGUCAAGCUGGCUUGUGAGGGGUGGGCUUUAGAUUGGUAAGCCCGGAGUACAGCAUUAAGGAAAAUAUGGGAGGUAGAGGGGGGCCUAACAGUUCCCUGUGUGAAGUUUCAAAGCGCGCAACCUUAUACUUUUUAAGGAAUUUGUUAUUAAAGUUUGUAAUUUUAACCAACUUGUUUUACAAUAUAUAAUGCACUUUCCACUAAAUUAACAGGUUAUUUACAUUCAAUAUAUGCGCAGUUAGAGUGUGCACGUUCAAACAAAUAAAUACUUAUAGUAUAUUACAGCUUUAUUUAUCAAAAA